UACCCAAAUCCAUAAAUCCAAAAGCCCAGAAUAGCCGAUAUCCACAAUCAGACCGGGUCGGGCCAGAUCUAGCGGCCUGAGUCCCGUAUUCAGAUCUAAGCACACACCGUAUAAGUACCUCGCCGGAAGCGUGUCGCCGAUCACGCGCAAUCUUCUGAAAUCCGCCUCUGUUUCUCUCUCUCUCUCUCUCUCUCUCUCUCUCUCUCUCUCUCUCUCACCUAAUUUUAAUCAGAUUGCUUUCAAUGGUUAAUCAAUCCGUGAAGUAACUCAAGCCAAAGUUUGCUUCAUUUACACUUCAAAUCUCCUCCUCAACAACAAGCACUCUCCGCCAUUUUGUGUUAUACAUACGGAACCGUCCCCUUUCUCUUUAGGGCGUAGAGAGGGCUCGUCUCGUCGACAAUGCUAGAAUGGCUCAAUAUAGGCAAUCGGGAACAGAGAGAUUCAGCGGUCGCGUCGGCGGUUAUCCUCACUAUGCCAACAACGGCGGCGCAGGGUCUUCUUCUUCUGAUCACGUAGCGAUCGGGAUCCGAAACGGCGUCGGAGGAGCUGUAGGAGGAGGAGGAGCGACUCAGCAUGGGAAGGCUAACAGGUGGAGGCGAUCCGUACGACCUGACAGGAUCCGUCGCCUUGGAAUCGGCACUGUCGUCUUUGUUCUCUGCCUUGUGCUCGUUGUCACUGUUCUAGCUUACUAUUACAUCUCUGGUUUUACCAAUGGCUACGAUGAUAAAGGAUUUGAUACUUACGACGGUGAUUUUCUGACGAAUGUGACGAGAAUUGACCCUGCAAAGGUGCUUGAGUUUGGUCAUGGUUCAGUGGUUCAUGGACGAGACUCGAGAUAUUGGGAUAAGGAUGAUAGAAGACGGGAUGAUGAUUAUAAUGAAGAUGAAUCUGAGCAUAAAUCUGUUGAUGUGGACAGGUCAGUGGCUGAAGUGAGAAAGGUUCCUGUGAAGGGUUUAGAUUGGAAGGGGAUUGGUUUAUACAAUGAAGCUGGAAGGAAUGAAUUGAAGAAGUAUGAAGCAGAGUAUCAAGCUUCGCUUGUGAAAGGUGGUGAAUUAUCUAAGAAAAACGUUGGGGGUCAUGAGGCAGCUGAAAUAGACCCUGAGGAAGAUGAUGCAAUUGAUUCUCAUGAUAGUCAAGGGGAUGAAUACGUUGAUUCUGGGCAUGAUGAGGAUGAAAAUGAAGAGAUACACAAAGAGAAGCCUACGGAGGUUCUUCAUUCCAUGACCAAGCAGGAGAAUGCGGAGAAGGAUGAUGGAGCUACUUCAAAAAGGUCACUUGGGGAUUCUUCUCUUGUUAGUAAGGGUGGUAAGUCCGGGAAAACAUCACGAUCUGAUACAAAAAGAAGAGGCCGAGGACGCAGAUCUUCAGGUGCAUCGUGUGAGAUGAAGCUAUUGAAUUCUAGUCAACCAAUAGUGGAGCCCUUGAAUACUCGAAAAUCUGCAAGGUUCUCCUUACAGUACAUAGAGAGCGAAGAUAAACCUGAUGGAGAAGAACAGUGGGAGCCUAGGUUUGCAGGUCAUCAGAGUUUAGAGGAGCGAGAAGAUUCCUUCUUGGUUCAAGACAAGAAAAUUCAUUGUGGCUUUGUCAAAGCCCCCAAAGGAUCUCCAAGCACUGGGUUUGACCUGACGGAAGAUGAUACUAAUUAUAUCAGUAGAUGCCACAUCGCUGUGGUCUCAUGCAUAUUUGGCAAUUCUGAUCGCUUGAGGCCUCCUGCCAAUAAAAUGAUAAGUCGGUUAUCAAGAAAAAAUGUUUGCUUCAUUGUCUUCGUGGACGAGAUUACCAUGCAAACACUUUCUGCGGAAGGCCAUGCUCCAGACAGAGCAGGAUUCAUUGGUUUGUGGAAGCUGGUUGUCGUGAAUAAUCUUCCUUACGCAGAUAUGAGGAGGUUAGAAAACAGAUCAGAUGUUGAAUUGUGGGUUCUCUGGACAUAUGCAUCUGAAUGCGAUAUGCAAUACCUGCUGAAAAGCUUCUCAAGUCAGAUAAAAUCUGUAUCAACAGACACAGAAACUCAUCUGCUGUUGAUUUUUCCAGGUCACGAGUAUGCUAUAUCCAAUCACUAUGACCGCCAUUGUUUAUGGGAAGAGGUUGCCCAAAACAAGAAGCUGAACAAGUACAACCAUACUGUUAUUGAUCAACAGUUUGAGUUUUACAAGGCUGAUGGGUUGACCAGAUUCAACGCUUCAGACCCGUUCAAGCUUCUUCCUAGCAAUGUUCCAGAGGGGUCUUUCAUAGUACGGGCACAUACUCCCAUGUCGAACCUGUUCUCCUGUCUUUGGUUCAACGAAGUGGAACGCUUCACUCCCCGUGACCAGCUUAGCUUUGCAUAUACUUACCAGAAACUAAGAAGGAUGAAUCCUGACAAACCAUUUAAUCUUCACAUGUUCAAGGACUGUGAGAGAAGAAAGAUUGCAAAGUUGUUCCGUCACAGAUCAGAGGAGAAGCGAAACCUUAUACAAGCAGCACUACAACAAUAAACGACCUGAGCUUUUUUAUCCUGUCCUGUAUAUUACUUGGAAGAAAAGCCACGUUUGUUUCUUUUGCUCCCGAUGGCUUAAAAACUGCUUACGUUGCACCGAGUUCUGUUGCUUGUGGCGAAAACCAGAGGAGGUAUACGAAAACAAUGUGAGGGUUAUUUGUAGAUGUAGGCGGCGUUAAGAGUUGAAACUUUUGAGGAGAAGAAGAAGAAGAGCUUUGAUUCGGGAUUAGAUUUAUGACAAAGGGUCCUUGAUUUUUAUUCAAUUCAUUGCUUUGUUAUUGUCUGUAUCACUAUCAUGCAAACCAGUAUAUGACUUAAAAGAGAUGCUACAUUACAUUGAUUAUAUUUUCUCUUUCGGAACCAAAAAAAUAAAGGAGCCAAGGCGAACGCAGGAGAUCCCGAAUUUUGGAUUUCUUCAGAUUUCAUUUGGUUAGUUUUUCUUAUUGGGCAAUGUCAAAUGAGUAUUAAUAAGAUUUAGUUCACUUUACGAGCAGGGUAAUUUUUUUUUAAUUUAUUAAAU